AUGUCCGACAUCAUCGUCAUCGGAGCCGGCGUAAUCGGCCUCAGCGCCGCCCUCCGCCUCCAACAAGCCGGCCACGCCGUUACCAUCAUCGCAAGGGACUUCCCGACCCCCUUCGAAGCCGCCGACAAGCGCGCCCUCAUCAACUACACCUCGCAAUGGGGCGGCGCGCACAACCGCUGGGUCCUGCCCACGAACCCCAACGAGCAGCGCGAGCACGGCUUCUCGCUCGUGACGUAUCGCCACAUGGAGGCCACGGCCGCGGGCUUCCCCGAAGCGGGCAUCACGUUCAUGAAGGGCAUCGAGUACUUUGAGAAUCCACCGCCCGUGCAUCGGGACUUGACGGUUGACAAGGCGCUGCAGCUAGGGCUUGAGGGGUUCAAGCUGCUGGGGAAGGAUGACUUUCCGGAUGAUAGGGUGGCUUGGGGGUGUGAGUACAAGACGUGGUGCGUGAAUCCCAUGGUCUACUGCUCGUUUCUGUUGCGCCGCUUUCACAUGCUCGGCGGGAAAGCCUUGUCGAUGGAACUGCGCAGCUUGGACGAGGCCUUCCUCAUCAGGGCCGUUCCCGGCGUCAAGAUUGUCGUGAACUGCUCCGGCGCGGGCUUCAACGACCCAGCCGUCUUUCCCACACGAGGCCAAACUUGUCUCGUCGCAAACCCCUGCGAUGCCACAGUCACCCGCCAAAACGCAGACGGAUCGUGGACCUUUUGCGUCCCCCGAAACUUCCACGGCGGCACCGUCAUCGGCGGGACAAAGGAGCCCGACAACUGGGACCCGGAGCCCAGUCCCGAGACGCGCGCCCGUCUACUAUCCGCCUUUGCGGCGACGUAUCCCCCCAUCGUAGCCGACGGGCCCCUGAAGCCGCUGGGCGACAUUGUCGGGCGGAGGCCGACCCGCAGAGGAGGGAUUCGGCUGGAGAGGGAGGACAUUCCGGCGGGUGAGAUCAAGGGCCUGGAUGAUGGCGAGGGGAGAGUGCUUGUGCAUGCGUAUGGUCUUGGAGGCAGGGGGUUUGAGCUUUCGUGGGGUGUUGCGGAGGAGGUGCUGGAGCUUGUCAAGCAGCGAGUUUCUAAUAGUCGUCUAUAA